ACUGUCUAUGAUGAGUGGUUCAUUACACUUUACAAUUUGGUUUAUACCUCCCUCCCGGUGCUAGGAAUGAGCCUCUUCGAUCAGGAUGUGGAUGAUCGUUGGAGCAUGCUAUUUCCUCAGUUAUAUGUGCCUGGCCAGCAAAACCUCUAUUUUAACAAAAUUGUGUUUGUCAAAUGCAUGUUGCAAGGGAUCUACAGUUCCCUCAUUCUCUUCUUCAUCCCCUAUGGGGCCAUGUACAAUGCGAUGAGAAGUGAUGGGAAGGCCAUUGCUGACUACCAGUCCUUUGCACUGAUGGCCCAGACUUGCUUACUGAUUGUGGUGUCUGUACAGAUUGGCUUGGACACAUCUUACUGGACAGUUGUGAACCAGUUCUUCAUCUGGGGCAGCCUUUCUGUUUACUUUGCUAUCACCUUCACCAUGUAUAGUGACGGCAUGUACCUGAUCUUCACAGCCUCCUUUCCCUUUGUUGGUACGGCUCGAAACACCCUCAGCCAACCAAACGUGUGGCUAGCAAUCUUCCUCAGCAUCACCCUCUGUGUGCUGCCUGUAGUUGGCUUUCGAUUCCUGAAGGCUCAGCUAAAGCCAACUCCCAGCGAUAAAGUCCUGCUCAAGAUCAAAGAAGCCAAAAAGCGGCCACCUCCACCAUCACCCAAGAGACGCCUUCGUCGGACCAGCACACGCCGCUCCGGCUAUGCCUUCUCCCAUCAGCACGGCUUUGGAGCACUCAUUAUGUCUGGGAGGAACAUGCGGCCAAAAUCACCUUUUGCCACAACGGGAACAUUUUCACCAAAUAGUGACAAACAUAAACACAAAGGACUGUAA